AUGGAGGCGUCCGCCAACGGGUCCAGUUUUGGCAUCGACUCGCUGCUGUCCCACAGGCCUGGAAGUCCGGUGUCCAAAGGGGACAGCCUGGCGGGGGAGUGCCGCUCGCCUCUGGAGUUCAGCCCGAGAUCAGACGUGGAGAGCGGCUGCUCGUCGCCACCGUCGCCAAGGAGGGAGUGCGUGGAGGAAGUGGCCCCGAGGCAAGGUCACGGCGUCGGCCUGCCGCCGCACCUCCAGCACCCGCAGAUAUCGGCGGGCUCGCAGCAGAGGACCGUGACCUCGUCGUUCCUCAUCAGGGACAUUCUGGCGGACUGUAAGCCCCUGGCCGCCUGUGCGCCCUACUCCAGCAAUGGACAGCCGACUCAGGAGGCGGGGAGGCUCGCCUCGAAGAUAGCGGACGACUUUAUGGAGAAAAUCCACAGCAACUCGUCGUCAGACAGUGAAUAUAAAGUGAAGGAGGAGGGGGACAGGGAGAUCUCCAGCAGUAGAGACAGCCCUCAGGUCCGGCUGAAGAAGCCCAGGAAGGCCCGGACGGCCUUCACAGACCACCAGCUGGCCCAGCUGGAGCGCAGCUUCGAGCGGCAGAAGUACCUGAGCGUCCAGGACCGCAUGGAGCUGGCCGCCUCCCUCAACCUCACCGACACGCAGGUCAAGACCUGGUACCAGAACCGGAGGACAAAGUGGAAGAGGCAGACGGCGGUGGGACUCGAGCUGUUAGCGGAGGCCGGAAACUACUCUGCCCUGCAGAGGAUGUUCCCGUCCCCGUAUUUCUACCCUCAGAGCCUGGUGUCCAACCUGGACCCCGGAGCGGCCCUCUACCUGUACAGAGGCCCCUCGGCGCCACCGCCGGCCCUGCAGAGGCCACUGGUCCCGCGGAUCCUGCUCCACGGCCUGCAGGGGGGCAGCGAGCCCCCGCCGCCGCCGCCCCCUCUGCCCCCCAUGUCCGGCGUGCUGCCCCGGCCAGCUCAGCAGCGGUGA